AUGUGGAAAGAUCGUGACGAGUUUGUUGUGUUUGCUGCAGUAAUACAAAUAGAAGCAAUGCAAGAUAAGAAGAAAAAGUUGAUUAGUGGAAGAGUGCAUGAAAAUAAUUCUCAGAGUUAUGUUCGUAAGUUAAUAGGGAGUAUAUUAGGAAUGGAUAUGGAAAAAGGGACUG